GGCUGGGGCUCGAGUUCACGCCGUUUCUCGGCAGAUCCCUGGCGGUGAGCGUGGACGGCCCGGAGGCGGCUGCGCUGAGCUGGCAGGCGGAGGGCUGUCUCCCGCGCCCGCCUGCCCGGCGCGGUCCGAGGAUGCGGGGGGGCGAUGCCCGGGGCCAGGGACGCGCUCUGUCACCAGGCGCUGCAGCUGCUGGCCGAGCUCUGUGCCCGUGGGGCCCUGGAGCACGACAGCUGCCAGGAUUUCAUCUACCACCUGCGGGACCGCACCAGACCCCGGCUCCGCGACCCAGAUAUCUCAGUGAGCCUGCUGACUCUUGUGGUCACUGCCUGUGGUCUCGCUCUCUUCGGUGUGUCUCUCUUCGUGUCUUGGAAACUCUGCUGGGUUCCCUGGCGAGAACGAGGCCUGCUCUCUGGUAGCAAAGACAACAACCAGGAGCCUCUUAACUACACGGACACAGAGACCAAUGAGCAGGAGAACAGUGAGGACUUCCUAGACCCUCCCACCCCCUGCCCGGACUCCUCCAUGAAGAUCAGCCACACCUCCCCUGACAUCCCCCUCUCCACCCAGGUGGGGGUCCAGGAGAACUGUGCCCAUGGCGUCCGUGUACAGCGCCAAGUCACAGAGCCAACCUCGUCAGCUCGGCAUAAUUCAAUCCGAAGACAACUCAACCUGUCAAACCCAGACUUCAAUAUCCAGCAGCUUCAAAAACAGGAACAGUUGACUGGAAUUGGUCGAAUUAAACCAGAGUUAUAUAAGCAGAGGUCAGUGGAUAAUGAUGAUGGGAGAAGGAGUAACAGCAAAGCCUGUGGAAAGCUGAACUUCAUCUUAAAGUAUGAUUGCGACUUAGAGCAGCUCAUGGUGAAGAUUCACAAAGCUGUCAAUUUGCCUGCAAAAGACUUUUCUGGGACUUCAGAUCCAUAUGUCAAAAUCUAUUUGCUCCCCGAUCGGAAAACUAAACACCAGACUAAAGUUCACAGAAAGACCCUGAACCCUGUGUUUGAUGAAGUGUUUUUAUUCCCAGUUCCGUACAAUGACCUUGCAGGGCGGAAGCUUCACUUCUCUGUAUACGACUUCGACAGGUUCUCUCGCCAUGACCUCAUUGGCCAAGUGGUGGUGGACCACUUCUUAGACUUGGCUGACUUCCCCAGAGAGUGCAUCCUUUGGAAGGAUAUCGAAUAUGUCACCAAUGACAAUGUGGAUCUUGGAGAGCUGAUGUUUUCCCUCUGUUAUCUUCCAACUGCUGGCAGGCUGACCAUUACCAUUAUAAAAGCCCGGAAUUUAAAGGCAAUGGACAUAACAGGAGCUUCAGAUCCCUAUGUGAAAGUCUCCCUGAUGUGCGACGGCAGGCGCCUGAAGAAGAGGAAAACGUCCACCAAGAGAAACACGCUGAACCCUGUUUACAAUGAAGCCAUAGUCUUUGAUGUCCCUCCCGAGAACAUUGACCAAAUCCACUUGUCCAUAGCGGUCAUGGAUUACGACCGUGUAGGUCACAACGAGAUCAUCGGCGUGUGUCAAGUAGGCAACGAGGCUGAGAGACUGGGCAGAGAGCACUGGAGUGAGAUGUUGUCAUAUCCUCGGAAACCCAUCGCACACUGGCAUUCCUUGGUGGAGAAACGAUGACUAUGGGUAAGAGGACUGCUUGUGCCAAGGACACGGUGGACAACUAUCUAAAAAGAUCUUAAGUAACUUUUCCCAUCCAACAAUACUUGGACGACUCCAGUGACCAAAAGCUCAGCUGUAACCACAGCAGUAACUGGCCCUCUUUCCAGAUUGGGUGCGGUGGACGUGAACAGGCCCACAGCGGUACGCAGCAGGGGAAGCACAUGUCGCGUUGUCAAGAACCAAGAUCGGUCUGUGGAAGAAGCCAACUGUAUAGUGAGAGUACCAAGAGCAUCCGGAGUACCAGGACUCUUAAUGAUUCAUGUAAAGGCCCCUGGUGGUGGAGACCUAGUACUGCCCUGACAGCAGUUACUCUGACACUUUGUUAUUUGCUGAAUGCCCUGGAAGGCAGAAUAUUUAAAAAAUACAUCCAGGUGCUAAAUAGGUAGCGGAUCUCAAUUCACCUUUGAGCUCGUAACUGUCUCCAAAAAUUAAAUUUCUCCCCAAGGAGUGCUCCAGCUUUGCAAGGAAUGACCCCGGAAGAGUAAUAGCACAAGCAAGCUGUUCCCCUAGAAAAAAAUCUAGUGCAAAGAGGACAAGUUCACAGCAAAUUCACUGCCCCCUCCAAUGUACACAGCAGAGAGUACCAGUUGAACAUGGCCCCCUUUUCUGCUGAACCCAGAUUCUGAUGAGUCAGAAUCCCCAACACAGGUUACUAGGUAGCCAACAGCCAUUUCUUUCAACUGGUGUUGACAUUAGAAUGAAAGUUAAUUGUCUACCCUUUUAGAGAGGCACACAUCUCAAUGGUACAAGCAUUCUAUAUUGUCCUUUUCCAGGCAUAUUUGUCCACCAAGGGUGCAACCUCAGAAAUGUGUGUAGCACUGUGUGAGAUGAGGUCACCAAAUAUAACACAGCCAUCCCCUGAAGGAAGGCACAGCAUUUGGGCCUUCUUGGCCUGAGGGCUUUCUGUGAUAUUUUCAUAUGCAACAGCCCAGAGGCAUAGCCUUGGGCAGCCACAGAGAGAAGUUUCCUUUUCCCUUUCAGACACAUAUAUCACUUUCACAGCGCUUGGGGAAUGGAAAUGCCUGCAAGAGUGAAGGUCAAGGACUCUCCCCAGGUAUCUCAUUCAUUACUCAGCUUCCUUUGUGGCCAUGUCCACCAACCCGCCACCAGCUGUACUCCUCAUCGCUUCUGCCUCCGUACAAAUGAAACCAAAGGCUUCGGCAUACCUGGGGGAGACUGGGGUUGUCACCUAGUAUAGUCCCCUCUCUUCGAUUAUGGGUGUUAGGCACCCUCACCCACACAUUUGUACCACUUCUCCAAGAUAACAUUUCCCUCUUCAUACAAUCUCUUUGCAGAAGAAUCCAGAGUUGGAUUAUAGUUUACCUUCUUGGAAAGCACACAGUCUUCAUUUAACAUUUCAAUGUGGGACUAAUUGGGUGAGAGCAGAACCAGUGCAUGUCUUCUUGUUGCCACAGCUACCUGGUACAAGAAGCUCUACUCUGAUGACAGAUCUAAAAAGGAUGGAGGCUUUUGGUGGCGUGAAGGCAGUGUUUUUACACUCAAGCUUCACCUGUUCCCCAGCCAACUUAAUCCAUUUCCAUCUCUGAUUGGCUUUCAACCACCCAGAAUCAAAAGGAACCCAAGGUUCUGCCUCUGUCUGAUGACAUGAGAAGAAUUCAACUUUCUUAGCCCAAGAUUCCCCUGCACUCACCCCUCCCAUUCAGACAUUCUCCACCACACCAGUGUUUAGAACCAAAGCAUGAAGGGCUUGUGCCAGCAGGUGAGUCAGUGGAAAUAUUGACUCUAGAGCCAGGCAGAUGAGCCCAGAAGAAUGGCCCCAGAGAAACCAGACUGGCAGCCAUCCCGUUAGACAUUGGCAUGUCCUUGGCAAGGAGAGCCAGUGUAGGAGAUGCUGGGGCCAGCUGUGCCUAUUGUUCCCCAUCUCAGGAUCUUCUUGUCCAGAGAGCUAGCAGCCCUGGGGUACUAGUGUGUUGAGUUCUCUCUGACUUGUUGGUAUGAAACAGAAGGUGGCUUUGUAGGGUCCAGCAGGCGAAGCGGCCUCCCAACAUGGCCAGCUGGUGGCUUUGUGUCUGGAAAGCUUUACCUAGCCAAUACAGCUCUGGCCAGAGGCCAGUUAUAAAUUUGAACUCCCUGAGCCCAUCUGUAUCUGCCUCUGUUCUCUUGCAUUCUGUUUGGUUUCCCUUUAGUUUCCUAGU